CUGACCGGCCCCACGUCAUGAGCGAGCGACUUGGGCUCCGGGAACCGCGGGCUCCCAGUCCCGGGGGCUCCGAGCGCCGGGGGCUCCGAGCCGCUGCCGCUGCCGGUGCCCGGGCAUGGGGCUCCGCCGCGUCCUGCUGCUCGGGGAGGGCAAUUUCUCCUUCGCCGCUUCUCUCUGCGGGGCCGAGGGCACGCACGUGGUGGCCACUUGCUACGAGAGCGAGGAGGAGGCGUCCCGGCGAGGGGGAGCCGCGCGGAGCAUCCGCAGGCUGCGGGAGAGCGGAGCUGAGGUUGUGUUUUCUGUGGACUGCACCAAGCUGAAGGACUACUUUUCACCAGAAGAAAGACAAUUCGACUGUAUUUACUUCAACUUCCCCCACUGUGGGAGGAAGGCUGGGGUAGUGAAGAACAGGGAGCUUCUUGCCCACUUUUUCCGUAGCUCCGCAGAAGUGCUGGCAGAGGAGGGAGAGGUCCACGUGGCUCUUUGCAAUGGCCAGGGUGGGACACCUGCAGACCAGCCAAGGAGGGAAUGGCACAACAGCUGGCAAAUAGUGGCUGUGGCAGCAGGAGCUGGAUUUAUCUUGAGCGAUGUUCAUCCUUUUAAUGCAGAGACAAUCCAUGGAUACAAAUGUACAGGUUACAGGAGCCAAGAUAAAUCCUUCUGUGUAGAGGGUGCCCUGAACCACAUUUUCACACGGAGCACUCCACUCCCGUGUUUCACACCCGGGAGCUGCAGGAUACAACUGGAAAGCCAAAAGGUUUCUUUUCAAGUGCCACAAGUCCUCGUGGAUAAAAUUAACAGGGGUUUCCUAGAACCGAAUUCAAACCACCCAGUCCGGACAGUGAAGGAGGAGCUUGCUGCAGGGCUCAGCCAAGCCUUUCCAGUACAGGACAUUGACUCCUGCCUUCCCCUGCUCCACCAGGGCCACCUCGAGGGGGUUUGUCCCUCCAGUAUCUUUUGGCUCGCUCUGAGCCCAGAGGAGAUUCCAAGCCCUGAGGAAAUGUCUCAUGGACCUGCAAAUGGACCUGUUUUAUCUUCCUGUGCUGAUUUUUGCCAGGGCACAAAGAAGAAUGUACCAGAAGGACGUCACAGUCCAAAGCAGUUUUAUCUCAGACCGUCCCUGCUGCCUCAUGCUCGGGCAAUAAUGCAGGAAGGAGCCUUUUUCCCAGGGACACUCCGUGUUCUUUCUGGGCCAGUUUUCAGGAGGUGUCGUGUCUCUCCUCACUCCAUGCCUGUUUUUCACGAGGUGCUCAUUGUGUUUGCAGUGAGCAGGGGUACAGAGAGCAGCUGUGUCCAGAUGUUGGUGAAUAACGUUACAUCCACCAUACAUUCCCUUCAGCAGACUGGCACUAAACCAAAUAUCAACCUGCAGGAAGCAACGAGCUCUGAAGCAACUGAGCUAAGUGACUUUGCUGCUUUUGAGUCUCAGCUUGGUAAAAUCCAGUACUUCAUGUGCAUGGAGACAGAUCCCCCAGGCUCCUGUGAGAAGGGCUCCUGCCUGGGGGUUAUAAGGACAUCCCAUGAGCUAGUAAGCAGUGAGCUGGUGGUUGUCUUUGCCUCACUGAACCUUGACCUCCUGGCCAUGCUGCUCUGUGGAAUAUCCGACUGGAGAAUGCUCUGGACACCGGACACACGGUUCCUGAGGCAGUUUCCUAGAGGAGAGCUGAGGCUUUUCAAGAGUUUUUCCCUCUAUCCCCCUUCCUACGUGCACGACGUCAGCUUUUGGGUUCCCGAGGGGGAGCAGUUCGACGAAGUUGCUUUUCACACCCUUGCCAGGGGGGUGUCAGGUGAAACGGUGGUUUCCAUCCAGUUAAGGGACAGUUUCCAGCAGGCAGGAACGGGGCGGAGGAGCCUCUGCUACAGGCUGACCUUCCAGUCCUGUGACAGGGCCCUGAGCCGCCGCGGGGCCGCGGAGCUGCAGCUGCGCCUUCGGGAGCAAAUCCAGCAGCAGCUGGGUGUGACCCUGAGAUCAUCCGGGAGCAAAGCAGGGCAAGUUUGGGCCCCCGAAGGAUCAACAGCUUUCAAGUGUCUCAUCUCGGCCAGGUUCUGUGCAGCCCUCCUGAGCAACAUCUCUGAUUGCGAUGAGACCUUCAACUACUGGGAACCGACACACUACCUCAUUUAUGGGAAGGGGUUUCAGACGUGGGAAUACUCCCCAGCCUAUGCCAUCCGCUCCUAUGCUUACCUGUGGCUCCAUGCCUUACCAGCCUGGUUCCAUGCUCGAGUCCUGCAAACCAACAAGGUCCUUAUCUUCUAUUUCCUCCGAUGCUUCCUGGCCUUCCUGAGCUGCAUUUGUGAACUCUACUUCUACAAGGCUGUGUGCAAGAAGUUUGGGCUGCAUGUGAGCAGGCUGAUGUUGGCCUUCCUGGUGCUCAGCACGGGGAUGUUCUGUGCUUCUGCAGCUUUCCUGCCCAGCAGUUUCUGCAUGUACACCACGGUGGUUGCCAUGACUGGCUGGUACAUGGACAAGACCUCUGUGGCAGUGCUGGGGGUGGCUGCUGGAGCCCUCCUGGGCUGGCCCUUCAGCGCAGCUCUGGGGCUUCCUAUUGCCUUUGACUUGUUGAUACUGAAGCAGAGGUGGAAGAGUUUCCUGAACUGGUGUGUGGUGUCAUUGAUCCUGUUUUUGGUGCCCUUGGUGGUGGUGGACAGCUAUUACUAUGGGAAGCUGGUGGUUGCACCUCUCAACAUUGUUUUAUACAAUGUCUUCACCCCUCACGGGCCUGAUCUCUACGGUACAGAACCCUGGUCCUUCUACUUCAUCAAUGGCUUUCUGAAUUUCAACGUGGCUUUUAUUCUGGCCCUGCUGGUGCUGCCACUGACCUGUCUCAUGGAGUGUCUGCUGCAGAAGUUCCAUGUUCAGAACCUGGGCCGUCCCUACUGGCUGACCCUGGCUCCCAUGUACAUCUGGAUCCUGAUUUUCUUCAGCCAGCCCCACAAGGAGGAGAGGUUUCUCUUCCCCAUCUAUCCCCUCAUCUGUCUCUCUGGUGCUGUGGCUCUCUCUGCUCUCCAGAAAUGUUACCACUUCAUAUUCCAGCGGUACCGCCUGGAGCACUACACGGUGUCCUCCAACUGGCUGGCCCUGGGCACCGUCUUCCUCUUCGGCCUUUUGUCCCUGUCCCGCUCUGUUGCCUUAUUCAGAGGCUACCACGGGCCCCUGGACCUGUACCCGGAGUUCCACAGGAUUGCCACUGACCCCAGCAUCCACACAGUGCCAGAGGGGAGGCCAGUCAACGUGUGUGUGGGGAAGGAGUGGCACAGAUUUCCCAGCAGCUUCCUGCUGCCAGAGAAUUGGCAGCUCCAGUUCAUCCUGUCGGAAUUCAGGGGCCAGUUGCCCAAACCCUUUGCCAGGGGCCCCCUGGCCACACGGCUCAUUCCCACGGACAUGAACGACCAGAACAAGGAGGAGCCAUCCCGAUACAUUGACAUUUCCAAAUGCCACUAUCUGGUGGACUUGGAUACAGCAGCUGAGACCCCCAGGGAGCCCAGGUAUUCCUCCAACAAAGAAGAGUGGGUGACCAUUGCCUACAAGCCAUUCCUUGAUGCUUCCAGGUCCUCGAGGCUGCUGCGAGCAUUCUACAUCCCCCUCCUGUCAGAGCAGUACACCUGGUACUCCAACUACACCAUCCUGAAAUCCAGGAGGUCCAGGCAAAGCAGGAAAAAGAUGGGAGGCUAGAACACACCUGGGCAGCCAAACCAAAAGCAUCUGCUGACACUCUUGGACAGCUGCCCAGGCCAUCUCCAGUUCCCUUUUUGAAAGACUGGGCUCCUGAGAACUCUCUGGCAAAGACCUGCCCCGGGGUGCUUUGGCUCUGCAG